AUGGAGCUUAGUUCAGCAUUCACCAAAAAUAAUGAAACUUUUAAUGCUAAUGACAACUGCAAUCGUGUUUUUGAUCAGCUUCUUGAAGUUUUAUUUUCAAUAAGGUCUAUUGAUGAAUUACAUACUUUUAUUAAUAGACUUCCUGGAUUUGUGAUUAUAGCUGAUGGAAAACAUGAUGAUAAAGAUAGUAAGAUUAUAACUGAAUCAGCGUCUCUAGGCAUUAAUUGUGUAACGCAAAAUUCUGUCAUCGGAACCUUUUUCACAAAAUGUUUUCUUGAAUUUGAUAGUAUGGCUUUUGACCAAAUAAUAAAUUUGUGGGAUUGCUUAGUUUCUUUUCGAGAACCGUUUUUACAAAAAUAUCAAUAUACUCAUUCUAAGGAUUUCUGUUCCGCGUCAAAGGAAUCUGCAAAACUUCUGAAGAUUUUUUUUGGCUCUGAAAUGCUUAAAAGUUAUACUUUUCAAGAUACUAAAGUUCUUCAGUCUCUUCUCCCUGAUUUACAACAUAUAUUUUGCAUUUCAAGCGAAACACUAGAUAUAAUGCUUGAAGGGAAGGUCGCCGUUUUAGACAGAAGUGAUGGGGUUUCAUUGUCCUCAAUUAACAAAAUUUUAGGUGAUCUUUCAAAAAACGAUAAGUCACUCCCGGUAUCAGCAUAUUAUAUUAAAUACUUUAAAUUUAUACAAGAAAACGACUAUGAACAAGCUUUUGAAUAUCUACAUCGUUUUUAUGACUAUACUAUGCAUAGACAUGGCCGAGCUCAUUAUCAUAAUGCACUUUUCACAUUAGCAACCCUACAUGCUGAGUUUGAAUCUUUUGAAGAAGCCUUACGCGCUGUCAGUGAAGCUAUCUCUGUUGCUAGAGAAAAUAAAGAUAAUAUGGCUUUAACAGAUAUCCAUUUUUGGUUAUAUAACUUUAUUUCACUCCAUCCUCAAUACAAAAUUCCUGAUUUUUUAUCGUCAAAGGAUCAAAUGAUACAAUUUUUAAAAGCCAAAUCACAGGAUACAUCAUACAGUCUUUAUUCUUUAGUACUUCAACAUGAAUCUUUACAUCAACUUAUUAACUGCGGGUCACUCAUUCAAGUAUUUGAAUCUCUUUUCAAGAGUUUUUUUAUCAGCGUAACAUCGAAUUCAGUUUUACCGGCUUUUAAUUAUUUCACAUUAGAGGCAUCAAUUUGGGAAAAAUUAGGAAUCUUUUCUAUUGCUUCGACAUAUAACCAGAUUUCUUUUACUCUUUCAAAAAUGACAUAUACCGCUUUACCGUAUUACGGUAUUGUUAUUUUAGCUCGCAUUUCUAAAGAUGAGAAUGAGUUUUUAGAUUCUAUUUCAUUAAUCGAUUCAGUUAUGCCAAAGAUCCUUGAAACGGAAAAUGCAGAUUUGAUAGGUCUUAGCUAUAUGCCACUCACUUUUAUGAAAAAAUGCAAAAUUGGUCUGCACUUUUGA